UCAGUUAGGCCACGGCCGCGCAUCAGAGAGGGUCGCUGUGCCGCGCGCGCACUCCUCGUUCCCGUCUCUGUGACUACGUCUGGGCCUCCCCCAAGUUUUGAACGCCCUCCGCUUCCGUUCCGCGUGUUUCUCCAUCAUGCCCCUAUGAGGCUCCCCGUGUACACCCGGGUGGACAAGGCGGUCACCAUGUCGGCGUCCUCGCUCAAGUGGUGGGUGGCAGUGCUGGGACUGGUGGUGGCGCUGGCGCCCGCACCCUCCUCGCUGUCACUCGCCCUGCACGUCGACGUCGGCCACAGCGUCGGCCACCAGCACCCCGUGGACCUGGAACAGUGGAGCCAGCGGUCUCCAGGUGACGUCCGCUGCUACUGCAACCUGCCGGCCUGCAUCACCACGGGCUACAUGUGCAAGUCGGCCGGGCGGGGAUGCUUCUCUGACCUGGUCGACCAUGUUGACGUCUACCGGGCGCGGCACGGCUGCCUGGACCUCCUGGACUCUGGGAGGCAGCAGCAAUGUAAAAAUCAGCCGAGGCCGCCGUCGGACCAGGACGCCGACGACGUCCCCGCCUGGGAGCAGGACGCCGCCCUGGCCGCGCCGCAGGACGCCGUGGAGGCAGUGCCGCAGGACACGGCGGUCGAGGAGGCGCCUCCACAGCCCCAGGACGCCGUCAGACCGAGAGCCACGCAGGACACGCCGUCCCUCUUGCUGUGCUGCACAGACGACAUGUGCAACCACAUCGAUAGUCCGGACUCCAGGAUGCGACACAGCGGACCAAACGGCAGCGACACCCACGUCACCAUGUCCAGCCCCGCCGGCGUGGUGGUGCCCCCGGGCGCCGUCGCCGGGCCCUCCGUCUCGUCCUCGGAGUCGGCUGCCGCUGCCGCCGCCGCGGCGCGCUCCGCGGAGCUGUGGUUCAAGGCGGCCACCAUCGCCGUGCCCAUCUGCGGCGCCCUCAUCCUGGUGCUCCUCAUCGUCCUGGCCGUGCGCCUGCUGCGCGCCGAUAGCCAGCACCAGCGCGCCAGCAAGCUGAGUGCGUGCGCCUUCCCAGCUCUGUCCGACAAGAAGGUGCCCCUGCUGCCGUGCGGCACGGGCGUGGGCUGGGGCCACGGCGUCAACCGUCUGGGCUCGGACUGCAGCCUGCCGCCGGGCCUGCCGCCCAAGAACCACACGCUGGCCAAGCUCAACUACACCGCGAGCUACGACCUGCUGGACCUGCACCGGGACGCACCGCACCUCGCCAACAACAACCAACGAAACGUGCUGUUGGGCAACGCGCCGCGCGUCCACGCCAAGUCCAGCUACAAGCAGGUCCUGGCCUCCUUCGUGCCCUGGGCCAGCGCCGCCAGCGGCAGCGACCCGCCCACCAACGUCUGAGCAGUGAGGGCGAGGGCCACCAUCCGCUGUGUCUCCUUGUUGUUUUUCUCGACUACCCACCGUCUGCCUUAGUGCGCCUCUGACUGAACAUUGCACUUGUUCCUAUUUCUGAAAGCGAGACCUGUUAAAAUAAAGUGGACGCGUCUGCUGGUCUGCUUGACACUGCGGCUGGUGGCUGGUGGCUCCCCCGGACGCGGCAACGCGGCAUGAAGCGCCACGCCGGUGCUGGUCAUGCUGGUCCUCCCCCCUGGAUUCGCCCGAAGGGCAUUGUGAUAUGAUUGUGCAAGAGCGCUUGGUGAAGCGAGUGCUAGUCUUCUUUGUUCGGUGGUGUUAUUUGUUAUUUGUUUUAAGAUAGCCACCGCGUUAUGAUACUUCGUGGGGUUGUCAUCAGACAAAUCCCCAGAUCUGGUUUGAUUUUGAUUGGCCAUGAUGCUGCGUGAGAAGCUCAUGAGCCGUUGUAAAUAGUACGCUAUUAUCCAAAUAUACAUAUUCAUAUUGGAAAAAUAUGUCCUGUGUAUGCUCUUGUGAUAUGUAAUCCAGUGGUAGGAAUUAAUGUUGUUCCUCCCAUAAGUCUAAGAACAUCUUAGAAGUACUUGGAUGAAUUCUGUUUCCUAUAUCUUCUUUCUUAAAUUAUUGAUAUUGACGCUUUCUCUCUGUGACCAUGUUGAAAUAGUGACCUGUCAUUUUCUUAACUGAUAAAGCUUACUAUGCAGCCAAGCAGCGAAAAGACUUGUUUGCGAAAUGUGCAGGGUUUGGGUAAAAUACUGGAACUUAGUCUUUUUCCUUUUUGUCAUCAUGAAGAAGAAUAAUGAAACUGAUCCACCCAUGAUCAAAGCAUAUGACUGAUUAAUCUUUGUAAUUUUGUACAUUUAUACAUAUGGAAAGUAUGUGUUACCGGUUAUGAAUGUUCUUUCAUUGCUGCAUUUGAGUAUAUUGCAGAUAAUUUAAAAUGAGUGUAAUUUUUCUGCUGUUAUCAUUAUACUGUAUUUUGUACAUUCACUUGAUCUGAAGUGAAACUUUAAAGCUGUGAUACAAAUUCCUCUCUUUAUAAAUCUAUGAAGUCUGCAGUUACACUGAGUCUUCCAAAAGUUGAAGUGCUUGGUAAUGUGUUUUAUUUGUACAAUUUCUGUCAUAGGACUGCGUAGUCCGUAUUGGACUUUUUGAACACUUGACAUUUAUGACAUGUAAUUCCUUUUUAUACAACAGUGUGAAAUUUUGAAAUUUAACGCCCUUUUCUUGAGAAAUAUAUUUUCAAAGUUGUAUUUGUAAAUCAAAUUUAUGACCAAUCUCACAAAUCGUAAUAUUUUUAUAAAUGAAUCUUCAGGAGUUUAGAUAAAUUUGUGCCAAGCUUUCAGCUUUUGAUAUUUUUCCUUGCUCUUUUCCCCUGUCUCUCUUGUGUAUAUUAUGUAAAGCUGCAAAUGUGUUACAUGUUUUAUAGUAAAUGAAGGGUUUGUAAGUAUUGUAUUUUUGUUAUGAAUAUUGUAUGUACGAAAAAGUCACAGAGUAUUUAUUAAUGAGAAGUAAAUGAUAUUUCAAAAUGACA